AUGUCGGCCGAUAGAGCCCGACGUAACGCCGAGGCAGAGCGUGAUGAGCUGUACGACGAGGCACGCGGUAACAAUCCACGCCUGCAGUCGCUGAGCGAGGAGAAGAGAAAGCUAGAGCAGGCUAUUGUGCAACUGGAGGAAGACUUGGAGGAAGAACAAGCCAACACAGAAAUGUACAUGGAGAAGUCCAGGAAGUCACAGUCUCUGACCAAGGAUCUCAAGUCGAAAUUGGAAUCUGCGGAGAAUGAGCGUGGCUCACGUCUGAAGGGUCAAGUGCGCUCACUAGAGAUGAAGAUCUCCACACUGGAGGAGCAGAUAGAAGUAGAAUCGCGCGAAAAGCAUAGCCUUCAGAAGACAAACCGUCGCUUGGAUCGCAAGAACAAGGACCUGAUUGGUCAGGUGGAGGAGGAGCGUCGGCGUGGCGAUCAGCUUCAUGAGCACAAUGACAAGUUGUCACUUCGAAUGAAGGCACUCAAGCGUCAGUUGGAUGAAGCGCAUACUGCUCCAACCCCGUGA